CCCCGGGGGCGGGGCUUGGGGAAGCCGCGAGCGGCGGGUGCCGGCCCGGAGCUGCGGCGGCGGCUGCACCCGCUGUGCCGAGGUCGAGGUGGAAGCCCGAGUGCGCGCCUGACGGACGUGCCAGACCCGCGAGGCUCGGCGGCGCCGGCCCUCGUGGCAGUCCCGGCGUCUCAGCGGGUCUACAAGGCGCACCAGCCAGGAUGCGGUUGUUCCAGUGGCUGCUGAAGCAGCCAGUGCCCAAGCAAAUCGAGCGCUACUCGCGCUUCUCACCGUCGCCGCUCUCCAUCAAACAGUUCCUGGACUUCGGGAGAGAUAAUGCAUGUGAGAAAACCUCCUACAUGUUUCUCCGAAAGGAGCUUCCUGUGCGCCUGGCGAACACGAUGAGAGAAGUCAAUCUUCUGCCCGACAACUUACUAAAUCGGCCUUCGGUGGGAUUGGUUCAGAGUUGGUAUAUGCAGAGUUUUCUUGAACUUUUAGAAUAUGAAAAUAAGAGCCCUGAGGAUCCACAGGUAUUGGAUAACUUUCUACAAGUCCUGCUUAAAGUCCGAAACAGACACAAUGAUGUGGUUCCUACAAUGGCACAAGGAGUAAUUGAGUACAAGGAGAAGUUUGGGUUUGAUCCUUUCAUUAGCAGUAACAUCCAGUAUUUUCUGGAUCGAUUUUACACCAACCGCAUCUCCUUCCGCAUGCUAAUUAACCAGCACACACUUCUAUUUGGUGGUGACACUAAUCCUGCUCAACCUAAACACAUCGGAAGCAUUGACCCUACCUGCAAUGUGGCCGAAGUUGUGAAAGAUGCAUAUGAAACAGCCAAGAUGCUGUGUGAACAGUAUUACUUGGUAGCUCCAGAGCUGGAAGUUGAAGAAUUCAAUGCCAAAGCUCCAGACAAACCUAUUCAGGUAGUUUAUGUGCCCUCACAUCUGUUUCACAUGCUAUUUGAGUUGUUCAAGAACUCAAUGAGAGCAACAGUGGAAUUGCAUGAAGAUAGCAAAGAAGGCUACCCGGCUGUGAAAACCCUUGUUACUUUGGGUAAAGAAGACUUAUCCAUUAAGAUAAGUGACCAAGGUGGUGGUGUCCCACUUCGAAAAAUCGAUCGUCUGUUUAAUUAUAUGUAUUCAACUGCUCCCAGACCUAGCCUGGAGCCUACAAGAGCAGCCCCUCUGGCUGGAUUUGGUUAUGGUUUGCCAAUUUCUCGUCUGUAUGCUAGAUAUUUUCAAGGAGAUCUGAAACUGUAUUCCAUGGAAGGAGUGGGCACUGAUGCCGUCAUUUAUUUGAAGGCUCUUUCAAGUGAAUCAUUUGAGAGACUUCCGGUUUUCAAUAAGUCAGCAUGGCGCCAUUACAAGACCACACCUGAAGCUGAUGAUUGGAGCAACCCUAGUAGUGAACCCAGAGAUGCUUCAAAAUACAAGGCUAAGCAGUAAUGUACCACCUGGGUUUCCAUUGUAAAAUACCUGUUUUCCCAGAAUAGA